UUUCCUUCGACGGCAUUACUUAUUUUAGCGCGAUCUGUUUCUUACUACAAUUGCCUUUGCCACGGGUCUCGAUACGCCGUGUGCCACAUGGGUCCUUCAUACCACAUGAGCGCUUGAUAACACAUUAUAAGAAUCACUGGCCCGAUGAACUUCCUCGUCUUGUUGCCGUCUACAUCUUGUAAUCACCAUGUCUGACGGGCAAGCAGAAAUCGAUAAACUUGGCAGCGGCAGCAGCGAGGAUUCUGGUUCUCAGCGCGCAGAAAUCUUUGACCGUCCGACAGGAUGGAGGGGAUUUUACUACCACCCCAUCACACAGAUUUCGCUGUUGGGAUUCGUGUGUUUCAUGUGCCCCGGCAUGUUUAACGCACUUGGUGGCCUCGGUGGUGGAGGCCAAGUUAAUCCUAAGGACCAGGCCAACGCCAACGCGGGCGUGUACUCGACUUUUGCGUUUUUCGGGUUCUUUUCCGGUUCGAUUAACAAUGUGAUUGGUCCUCGAAAGACUCUGAUGUUUGGCACCUGGGGCUACUCGUUGUAUAUUGCUUCCUUCCUCGCUGUCAACAUUCAUCCUGGUGCGGGUGCUUUUGUUGUUGCAUCCGGUGCCAUCCUCGGCGUCUGUGCGGCCUUUCUUUGGACCGCGCAGGGCUCGCUGAUGAUGUCAUACCCCACUGAGGCUCAGAAAGGCAUGUUCAUCAGUAUCUUUUGGGCCAUCUUCAACCUUGGAGGUGUUGUCGGGUCUGCUGUUGCGUUUGGACUCAAUUUCAAGAGUACGGCCAACAGCGUUGGCAAUGGAACAUAUAUUGGCUUCUUGAUUCUGACUCUCAUCGGUGUAUUUCUCCCGCUGUUCAUGGCGGACCCAGACAAAAUGGUCCGCACAGACGGAACUCGCGUGAACCUGGUCCGCCACCCAUCCUGGAAGACGGAGUUUUUAAGUCUAUUCAUAGCCCUGAAGACCGACCCUUGGAUUAUACUCCUCUUUCCGAUGUUCCUUGCCAGCAAUUACUUCUACACCUGGCAAUUCAAUGAUUACAAUGGCGCAUUAUUCACCAUCCGUGCUCGGGGUCUCAACAACUUCAUGUACUGGACAUCACAGAUCUUUGGAUCCAUCUUCAUUGGUUACUUUGUCCUUGACCAGCAGAAGGUCCGGCGCAGAGUCCGUGCCUUCUACGGCUGGGCCCUCGUGUUCCUCAUGAUUUUCGUUGUCCACGUCUGGGCAUACUUUUACCAAAAGACAUAUACCCGCACUGAGGAGCUUGCGGAAGGUGCUUACAAAAUCGAUAUCUACGACUCAAACUACGCUGCCCAUGUCUGGCUCAUGAUCUUCUAUGGAUUCCUGGAUUCGAUGUGGCAGACAUAUGCAUACUGGCUGAUGGGCGCAAUGUCGAACGACCCUGCCAAGCUUGCCGUGUUCACGGGCUUCUACAAGUGCAUGCAAUCAGCGGGUGCAGCAAGUGUCUGGGCUGCCGAUGGUGCUAGUGCCCCAUACAUGAACAUUUUCCUAUCAACGUGGUGUCUCACAGUUGCUGGCAUGAUCUUCGCCGCACCGAUGGUGUACCUUCGCGUCACUGACCACACGGAUAUUGAGGAUGAGGUUUUGAUGCACAUUGAGGGCGUGGAACGGAUCGAGCCCCCAUUGAUUACGACGACGGAAAAGGCGUAAUAUCAUGAUACUAAUGUACAAGUUGGUCACGAACAGCUCGAUGCUUUGAUUAUUAUCUUUUGUUUUUCAUGGUAGGGUACUUGACGAACAACAACUUGUCUUUAGUUUGCUGCAUACUUAAUGGUGAUUCUGCUGUCAUUUCAAGUUGAAGAUUCAGGUCCGAGUCAUCCCCUCGUGCUUGGUCGUAGGGACUAUAUACUGAACAAACUGUGCUCCUGCUGAAUAAUGUAUGUAAAUCUAGACUGCAAUGAUGAGUUACUAGCAA